AUGCCGUUACGCCCAUCAGGGUUUAGGGUUGUGAUCCUCCAACCUAACCUUAGGGUGCUGUGCUGUAAAACCGCUGCCCAACUCUUCACCAGUUGUGAGCGGCCAAUGUGAAUGAUGGCAGGGUCAAUGAUGGCAGGCACGGCGCUGCACAUUUGCAGCUUCCUGCUGGCCCUGUUUGACGACGUUUUCUCCUGGGUGCUCUGGUUGCUGGGGAAGAUAGUGCCCACAGCACAGCUGAUGCACGGUACGGAAGAGGGAGCGGUGAACGUCCCAGGCUCACACCUCGGCUGUGUGCUCUGCUAUGUGCGCUCUCUGUGUAACAUGGUGUGUGCAGAGGGUGUUGGUUGCGAGAGGAGCUUCGAGGCCUGUCGGUCACUGGCCCUCUCGUCGUGCGACACCGAGCACCAGCAGAUCCACGUCCAAUACUCCAGAAUCCACCCCGUCGACGCAACACUCUUCUCGCUCGGGUCUCCACACCCAAUACGGGUUCACGAGGGCACCUUCAUCAGCCCCGGUGCGGCGUUCCUGCCGCGCGAGAGCCAGUCGUGCGUUUUCCAGUUCGUCCAUUUCGGUGAUGACGAUGAGGGCAUGGCGCCGCCACUCUCCGCUGCGGCGCUCCCCAUCACCCAGGCAGACAGGGAGCUGCUCAAGGGGGUGGUGGUUCUGCUGCCGGGCACUGGCGAGUGCAUCUUUCCGCCCCAGAGGAUAGCUGUGGCCCACCAGCUGCUGCGCCGGCACCACAUUGCGAGUGUGAUAGUGAUGCCCGCCUUUUACGAGAGGCGGAAGCCGGCCGGGCAGUGGGGGCCGUUCAUCUCCACUGUGGCGGGGUGGAAGCUUCAGGUAACUAACGAUUUUUAUGUGGCAUCACACAGGAAGCAUCUACUACCGUCAUGUUGACUGACGUUAUGUGUGCUUUCUGUCUCCCUAUCUGUCUGUCAGUUGCUGUCGUCAACAAUGGAGCUCAUAUCGCUGCACGACCACCUCUCCCGGCAACUCGCCCGCCACCCCACCGCACACACAGUCCCCAUCGGACUCGGCGGCUUCUCGGCAGGCGGCUCCCUCGCCAUGUGGGCGGCUUCCAUGAUCGACGGCAACAUCGCAGUCAUCCCCAUGGCGGCCCCCCACACCAUGAUGCAGGCCAUGGACGGGGGCAGCGUCCUGCGACGAGUGGUGCCGCUGCAGCUCAUCAUGCGGCAUGCGUGGGCACGGCACGGCCCCCUGCUGACCGACUAUUUCCUGCAGAAGGAGACAGAGCUCUUCUCCGUCACAUCCUUCCACAAGAUGCGGAGGCGGCGGGAGGAUGUGGGCGGCGGCAGGGGCCAUCAUCAGCAUCGCGUGGUGGUGUGCGUGGAGGCCAUGCAUGAUCGCAUGAUCCCGGCCUGCAAGGCCCGGCUGCCCCUCGACAGGCGGGCCAUUCUCGGUGAGUCAGACGUGUGGAUAGACCACACCAUCCCCGGCGGCCACCUGACAGCAGCCCUCACGCGCACCUUCUCAUUCGUCCCGGCCAUCAGCCGCGCAUUCGCACAAUUGCGGGAGCGGCUCGACAACGACCACCGCCUCCCACGCCCACACCCACCACACCCACACCCACUCCCACUCACACACCAGCCCAUCGUCACGGACCUGUCGUGGGGCCUUCCCGAGGCGGCCAAAGACGACUUGCGGCGCGUCAGCAGUGACGUGACGACGGACGAGGGGUCGGUGGCGUCAGGGGGGUCGUGUGGGGGCGACGACAUCGACUGGAGUUCGGUGCACGAGAGCAGCGAGGGGGACAUCACCGUAGGCACAAGGAUGCGGCAGAUCCAUCGGGCGUGCUCCUUGCCGUCCUUUGCGGGGGUGCUGGAGGCACCGACCAUGAGGCACUGCCAACAGGUGAGCAGACCUCAGCUGGUAGCUACCUGCAGGAAGUGCCUGAACCCACUUUGUUUUGAACGUUCGGUGGAUGCAGGCUGAGAGUGAUGUGUCUUCGCCGCUUGGCAGUGCGUCGGUGGUAUCGCGGUGUGAUGGCGAUGAUGCGAUCGGCGGUUGGGUGCUGGUGGACAGGGAGAGGGAGAGGGAGGGGGAGAGGCAGAGGAAGCGUAGGCGCGGCCGUUUUGACAUGUCUGCGGCGGUGGCGCAUGACGUCCGUGUGCAUGCCAUGCUCUUCCCGUUUUGACCGUUUUGCUAUGCAAUCCUUCCCUCUAUCUGCGUACCUGUCUUUACGUCUGUGUGUUGGUUUUGUUGGUGUGCCUGUGGCGCCUACACGGCUGGAUGCAUGGACGUGUGUGUGUGUGUGUUCAAUAUUGCGUGUGGCUAAUGCUGCUGAGGCGUCUGUGCAUUUGCUGAUACAUACACACCGGGGGGGAACCAUGCACGAGGUUGCGUGUGGUCGUUUUCUUUCACCCACCCGUCCCGUCGGAAGGCCGUGCGCCUCACACAGAUGGCCCCCUUCCCAACCUGACUACAUGGCUGGUUCCUGUCUGCCUACCAUGUCCCUCCCUCUACAUACCCGACGACGUACUUUUGCAAUCGUUUCUCGUCUGUCCUCGAGCGAGCCAGGGGAGAGCAAAAGGAACCACACGCACUUGCCCGUCAAUCUGCUGCUGGUGCGGGUGUUCUUGUGACGUGCUGUCGGCAUUUGUAUUGGGGCAUGAUGACGGCAGGGUUGUCAGACUCAUUGGUUGCCGACAACUCUGACGUCACAAUGCCGCAGCACAGCAAUGCCGACAGCACAUCACAUCAUGACACCGCUUCUUGGAUGGACAAAUGGGUUGGUGGCUGGAUGGGUGGGUUGUCGAAGGGACGACGGAUUGUGCCUGUGACAUCUUUGUCGGUGGUGCGCUGCGUCUCCGUCUCUCUUCCUUCUCCUUGUGGUACUCGUUUGGCGUUCUUGCGUUCUCACAAGACUGCUGACUCAGUGCGGUCAGGGAGGAGGCGGGAGAGGUGGAGACUGAGCCACCACCCAGAGAGAGACAGAGAAACACAGCGAGAGAGAAUGACACACGACAGAGAGAGGGUCAUUUUUCAGCCUCCUGCCUACCUACCUACCUACCUAGUCACUGGUUGUCGAUUGACUGACGGGGCUGUGUUGUCAAUUAGAGGGCGAUGUUGCACGUGACGGCAGGUUUCUCAACGAGAGAGAGAGAGAGAGAGGGCAUGCAUACGCAUCACGGAUUUGUUAUAUAUCAGUGGAUCGAUACAUCGACAUAUGUAUAUGCUUUAUGCAUACCUUACACGCAUGUACGUAUACGUAUGGGGUGCAUAUGUAUAUGUAUAUGUAUAUGUAUGUGUACGUGUAUGUGUGUAUGUGUAUUGUGUACGUGUAUGUGUAUUGUGUACGUGUAUACGUGUUGUGUAUUGUGUACAGAGGGCACACCGAUCGAUCGACUGAGGGAUGGAUGGAUCGUUGGUUUUAUAGCUACCUGCUUUUCUUGACGAGUGACGAGAGCAGCGGGGCAAGGAUUUGUCGACAGCUAUACUACGGCGUGACAUUCUGUGUUUCUGUGUGCGUGACCUGACGCAUUGGCAACCAAGAUCGGACCGACACAGAGCGAUGAUCAUUCCUGAAUUUUUGAUGGUCGUCC